AUGUUCUAUUUCUCUAUCAAUGCCGGCUCGAUGAUUUCCACGUUCAUUGCUCCAAUUUUUCGAUCUAUGAGUUGUAUGGGCCAAGACUCUUGUUAUCCAUUGGCUUUUGGUAUUCCAGCAGUGCUUAUGAUUGUAGCGACAUGUCUCUUCAUGGCUGCCUCAUUUUGGUACAAGAAAAAGCCGCCAAGCGAAAAUGUGUUCGGUGUGAUUUUUGGAUUGAUUUUUGGAGCGAUUGGGAACAAAUUCCGAGCCAGUGAGAAGAAAUCGCAUUGGUUGGAUCACUACAUGACGACACACGACUGUACAAGGGAUAAAAGAUGUCAAGAGAUGAAAUUGGAGAAAGGAAAAGAUUACUGUCACAAGGGGCAAUACGUUGACGACGUGAAGCAACUUUUCCGUGUUUUGAUCAUGUUCUUGCCGGUGCCGAUCUUCUGGUCACUCUACGAUCAACAGGGAUCGAUUUGGUUGAUUCAAGGCACUCAAAUGGAUUGCCGUUUGUGGGGAAACGUGCUAUUCAUGCCGGAUCAAGUGCAAGUGCUGAACGCAGUGCUAAUUCUCGUUUUCAUUCCAAUUUUCCAAAUAAUCAUCUAUCCAAUCGCCGAGAAAUUCGUUACUUUAACAUAUCUCCGAAAAAUGGUUUGCGGGGGUCUUUUGGCGGCGGCGGCUUUUGGAGUGGCUGGCUUGGUGCAAACUGAAGUGAAUAAUUCUUUACCACUUCUACCGAAAAGUGGCCAAGCUUAUGUUAUAAUCUAUGCUUUGGAUUACAAAUAUGGAGGAGAUGAACUCGACAAUUUGGUUUUCUGUCGAGGAGAUACAAAACCAACAGAAUGUAAUCCACGAAAACCAUCUGAUUUUUAUUACUGGGAACAAAAAUAUAACAAAGAUGACAGUGAUCUUGAUGCAUAUGACUUUUAUGAUAUUGGAAACGAGAAAAAAUCAGACAAAAAAUAUGUUUUAUACAGCUUUAAACCAGUGAAACCUGGAAAAUGGUGGAUCUUCUUGUUGCACGGUCGACCAAGAAGUGCCGGUUCGACAACUCCAAAGACUGUUGAUGUCACAGAUUUGGAUGUGAGCAUCGAAUUGCGGAGACAAGGUGGUGUUUAUUUGUAUGCGUUGAUCAAUGAUCCGACUGCUGACAACUAUACGAGUGGCGGUGCUGGCCUUAAAGUCUACAAAAACCAAGACGGAGCGCCGAUUCAUUUCCAAGCUGUACCGGAUAACUCUGUGAAUAUUUUGUGGCAGGUUCCACAAAUUGUCGUCAUUACCGCAGGAGAGAUUCUUUUCUCGAUUACCGGCUACGAGUUCGCCUACUCGCAGUGUGCCCCAUCGAUGAAAGCUGUUGUACAAGCUGCUUGGUUGUUCACUACAGCGAUUGGAGACACGAUCAUCGUAUUGAUCACUCUCUGGAGUCCAUUUGACAACAUGGCAACGAUGUUCUUUGCUUAUGCCGGUGUGAUGGCUGUUGUGAUCGUUCUUUUCGCUUUUAUGUCCCAUUUCUAUUACGAUUACAAAUCCUAUGUGGCAUCUGGGGAUGACUCGCAAAAUGAGGCGCUGAUAGAUGAUGAGGACGAUUGGGGGAAAAUGAAUGCGGGCUAUCAAGCCGAUCACGGACAACCGAGAAAAACGAGCAAUCUUGAGGAGUAUUUGGAUGAAGAUGAUCUCAAAUUU